GAUACACUUGUGCUGCGUCACUCAUGACGACAGUUGUGCAUGCUCAACUCAUGCUUAAUUUGGUAAACACUGACGCAUUACUGUUUUACGUCAAACCAAAAUUUAAAUGUCACAUUUGAAGGAUCACCUUAGGUUUUUUGUUGCAAUUUAGCCAUAUCACCACACUGGCGUGGGCGUCGUAAUGAAAUAUGCAAUAAUGCAACCAUACGUCUCCGUUUCCAUGGUGUAGGUGGGACGUAAUUGUGUUCUGCUUAGAGUAAGAUCAGCUGAAUUUUUGUAUUCAUUUAUGCAGUCCUAAGAUUACCUCAUCGCCUGUAUUUAUGCACGACAUACGUAUAGUUUUCGCCAUUUAAACUUUAGUGCGACUGUUGUCAGUAAAUGGAUCUAAUAUUAAUUUACAUGUGAUUGUGAUUUACAUAUAUAGCCAUACAAAUAUGAGCCAGUAGUUUCAGUUUAACAUAAAGACAUUUAUAAUGUUAUAUCAAGUUCCGUGAAGUGUUGCAGCAACAUAAAUGGCAGAAUAUGUAUGACGUACGUACGGCAAGAAGUUAGUAUAUUACUCGACUAAGACAAUGUUAUCCUACAGGCUUUUCAACAGGUACGUGUCAAGAUAUUCCGAGACUGCAUAUAUAUGCUGUAUGUAUAGUAUAUACAUUCAAUUACAGUUAUAUAAUUGUAAGACAGCCAAGAGUCGCUUGGACAAGCUGAAAUGACCGAAUCAUAUAUUAUAGGCUGCGUUUACACUAUAUAUAAAAGCACCUAUCUGAUACGGAAUGUACAACUUUGAGAAGCUGAACGAAACAGCAUAUCUCCAUUGCAAUAAUUACACUGAAAAUAGCUUUUCUAAAAGGUAUACGGGUAGGUGUUUUAUUACGUCGCUACGGAAAACUAACACGUAUACAGUGUAACCGUAGCCAUAGGCAAACGUACUCUGGUCCUUGCCCUUGAACUCACUCACAAUCAUCGCAAAAUUAAAACAACAGGAAAUUUCUGUGUGCUUUAAUAAUAUUACGUCAAACCUUUCAGAUCAUAUUUCAUUUUUAAUGCGAGUGUUCAUAGUUGUAUUGACACACAGUCACAGAUGACCUCUCAACACGGCCGACUGUCUUUUGCUCACUCCUGAGUCAGAUACACGAAACUCGAGUUAAACGUCAACUUUCGUAUUAAAAUAGCAAUUAACAUAAACAUUUUGCCUAGACAACCUAGUGUAUCACCUAUGAACGCUAUUUUGUUUAGAAAAUGGUAAAUUGGUGCAGGUAAAGCAUGCAUUCGUGUCAUAGCCGGUGAAAUUGGGCUAUUCCAUUUAAUAUCCGUACCCCCCUGUCGAGGAUACAUGUUUUUCACAGUUAAACCCCUGAAGAAUUCCAAGCUCAAAACCCUUCACCCCUGAAGAAUUCCAAGCUAUGAAAAAAUUCGAUCUCAAACCUCUUUACCCCUGAAGAAUUCCAAACUCAAAACCCUUUACCCUUGAAGAAUUCCAAUCUCAAAACACUUUAAUACCCCUGAAGAAUUCCAAGCUCAAAACACUUUACCCCUGAAGAAUUCCAAACUCAAAACACUUUACCUCUGAAUAAUUCCAAACUCAAAAACACUUUACCCCUGAAGAAUCCCAAACUCAAAGCACUUUACCCCUGAAGAAUUCCAAACUCAAAACACUUUACCCCUGAAGAAUUCCAAACUCAAAACACUUUACCCCUGAAGAAUUCCAAACUCAACGGCCCUUUACCCCCUGAAGAAUUCCAAGCUCAAAACACUUUACCCCUGACGAAUUCCAAGCUCAAAACACUUUCCCCUGAAGAAUUCCAAACUCAAAAUCCUUUACCCCUGAAGAAUUCCAAGCUCAAAACACUUUACCCCUGAAGAAUUCCAAGCUCAAAACACUUUACCCCUGAAGAAUUCCAAACUCAAAACACUUUACCCCUGAAGAAUUCAAAAAUCAAAACACUUUACCCCAGAAGAAUACCAAACUCAAAACAUUUUACCCCUGAAAAAUUCCAAACUCAAAACACUUUACCCCUGAAGAAUUCCAAGCUCAAAACACUUUACCCCUGAAGAAUUCCAAGCUCAAAACACUUUACCCCUGAAGAAUUCCAAACUCAAAACAGUUUACCCCUGAAGAAUUCCAAACUCAAACCACUUUACCCCUGAAGAAUUCCAAUCUCAAAACACUUUACCCCUGAAGAAUUCCAAGCUCAAAACACUUUACGCCUGAAGAAUUCCAGGCUCAAAACACUUUACCCUUGAAGAAUUCCAAUCUCAAAACAUUUUACCUCUGAAUAAUUCCAAACUCAAAACACUUUACCCCUGAAGAAUUCCAAACUCAAAACACUUUACCCCUGAAGAAUUCCAAACUCAAAACAGUUUACCCCUGAAGAAUUCCAGGCUCAAACACUUUACCCCUGAAGAAUUCCAAUCUCAAAACACUUUACCCCUGAAGAAUUCCAAACUCAAAAGACUUUACCCCUGAAGAAUUCCAAACUCAAAACACUUUACCCCUGAAGAAUUCCAAACUCAAAAGACUUUACCCCUGAAGAAUUCCAAACUCAAAACACUUUGCCCCUGAAGAAUUCCAAACUCAAAACAUUUUACCCCUGAAAAAUUCCAAACUCAAAACACUUUACCCCUGAAGAAUUCCAAGCUCAAAACACUUUACCCCUGAAGAAUUCGAAUCUCAAAACAUUUUACCUCUGAAUAAUUCCAAACUCAAAACACUUUACCCCUGAAGAAUUCCAAGCUCAAAACACUUUACCCCUGAAGAAUUCCAAACUCAAAACACUUUACCCCUGAAGAAUUCCAAACUCAAAAGACUUUACCCCUGAAGAAUUCCAAACUCAAAACACUUUACCCCUGAAGAAUUCCCCCAGCAGCCAAUAAUUGAGGACGAGGAUCAGUUUAUCAUAAAUCUUCCGCAUCUUGCGCGCGCAAAACGAAAAUUAUUCAGUUUCUUGCAUUAUUAUUUGUGACUGAGUCUUUCGCAAAGUCCUUCGUUUUUGUUUAGAACGAAGGAAUUUUCAAGGAAGCAAUUUCUUGAACAGUAAGAAAUUUGCAGAAGUCAAUUAACUCGCGCUCGCGACUUCGUCGCUCCGCAUACGAGGUCGACUUGUGGCAAGUCUAUUUGUGACUGAGAUUGUUCAUAUAUUCCAAAUUAAAAUGAAAGGAAGUAAUGAUCAAAUGAUUGAUCAUUUAAUCAAAAUUUGCUCCAAUAAUACACAUCACUCCACCUGAUUUCGUAUCUUGUCCGGAAAGUCAUUUCCAAGGCUUUGAUGAUGUCAUAUUAUUCAAAUUGUAUGAUUUAUACCUCUGACUACCUAAUAUAAGUGUAAAAAAGUACUUCAGUAUAUGAACUUGACAGGCUUACAAGUAUACACUGUAUUCUAGAAAUAUAUAAAUAACCUUCAAAAAAGAAUUUUACUGUUGUAUUUUUACGUUUCCUGCGUCUUUAUCAAUACAAGAUUCUUUGACCCCUCUCCUCCGCUUUUAAAGGAUUAACUUAGAAAUUAAUUAAUUUAUUAAUUCGUAAUUGCGUUAAAAGGUAAAAAGAUGAAAGUAACCGUCAAACGUCACUUUUUUACCUUCUAGCGCAAUAACACGUGUGCUGAAGCGCAAAUUUCGGACAAACAAACAAACAGCUAGUAUAAUAUACUAGGAAUUGAUGUUGUCUCGCAAACGAAAUUUGGACACAUUUUGGUAACAGCAGAAAUUGCGAUGAGGAAUUUUAAUAUAUAACUAUAUUUUCGUAUAAUCUACUUACAAAGUAUUGAAAUUAUAUUUUUUGGGUAUGAAUAAAUAGUUGUUGAUACUUUAACUUCUGCGGAGGAGAGAAACUGUGUAUCAUGCACUAUACCGGCCACCUGGCAAUACUAGUUUUUCCAAUUUCUGGACCAGUUUAUUGUCAAUGUACAAUACAACGGUAACUCCAUCGUGGCAGCCGUGAAGCCCUGGGAACGAGGAUUCGGUAACUCGAGCCUGCCGUAGAGGACUGGAACACAACUGCCUUUAACAACUUGUUCCAAACUCGUUACAACAACUGGGAACAAGCACUGCAGUGUGAACACAACUUUUGUCGACAGCUUGUGAACAGACUUGGAAUCAGCAAUAAUUUGUUUGCAGACCUAGCAGCUGUAACAAAUUGUUUGUUUUUACGUCAGCACUAGAUUAAGCACAUCUUAAGCUCCGGUACCAAUAUUUUACAGGUACCAAAUUUGAUAGUAAUGGCAAUACAUUACAUUAUAUGCAAUAUAUAUAUUGGCAAUAUAUUUAAUACUGAUCGAAGCACAAGUGCACAACUUUACUUUUAACUUUAUUUAUUUGAGUCACAAUUGCACAACCUUAUUUGCAACUGUGUUUGCAUGCUCUGCUGUGUUAAUUUAAAGGAUAUAGGUUUAAUAUAAGCAUAUACAUCCAUAUCGAUGUUUCCGGAGCGUAGUUAUAUAGCGUGCAAACAGCUAGUCUAGGCUGCGAGUCAUGACGGCAGAGUUGGCGCAUUAGGUCAUUAUAGGACUUACUAAGUUUCAGUGUUAUAAAAACAGAGAAAAAACUAUAUGCAAUACUUCAUAAUAAAACAGGGAAACCAUGGCAAUACUGGUACAUUGAAUUAUUUGAAUUCAAAAGUAUGAAAUUUACAGAGAGACCAAAUUAAAAAUUAGAAGAAUAUUUUUGUAAUUGAUCAAAAUUUGUUAGGAGACAAAGCAAUACCUAUUAUACUUAAACUUAGUCCACAGAUUCGUCUUUCAUUGCAAUAACAUGCAUAAACAAGUCAUGAAUGACAUGAUAUUAAAAUAACGAAACGAUUGGUCUAUUUGAUUAAGCUUAUAUAAUAAAAUCCGCUCUGAGAUGAGUAAACCUUGUACACUGCAUGCAGCAGUGCUGUUCCAACCUCGCUUAAAUCGUUUAAAUGUUGACAAAUCUUUUUAUCGUAUGGAACAUUGCUAUAUCGACCAGUUUCAACAGGUAAUCUAUAUAAGCUGAAAUUCUGAGCUUUUUGUUGUAACAGCUUGACGAUGUUUAAUAACAUUGCUAUAAAUAUAAUAUAAUUUUUUUAAUGUCAGUCUUAAGAUGAUAUGAUUGGUUCUAGCAUUUACGCAUGACCCACAGUGCAUGUGUACCCAAGUAUAGGAUUACAGGUCAUAGGAAUUUACAAAGCACUCACUGAAAAUACAAUCUUUGGAGGGUAAUUAUGGUCUGUUUGUGGCUAUAUUUUAUCAUUUACGAAUUACGCAGGGAUGAGUACGAAUGACGUGUAUUUAGUACACCCAGAACUUGAUUCGUUAUGUUGUGUACAACUAUGUGAAAGGUAGGAUUCCGACGAGGCUAUCGGCCAAAAUUUGUGUAUACACGACAUGAGUAGGCUACUAGUGCGACCUCCUUGGGAUUUUAGGAUCACCACUUUCUGUGCAUGUAACAUGGUAUAUUACUUCAAAGUCGGUACAGUAUAUUCAUGGUAUAUUCAUAUUGUGUAUAAGUGUAUACGAAGCCGCACUCUGAUGACUGGUAUAUAUUUAUAUUGCAACUAUUUACUAUAUUUAUAUGCAUGUACCCGUAACUGCGUAAGAUUUUACUCGAUUUGUUUUACAGAUAUAUGGGUGAAGACCACUGAAGUAACAAACAUCUAAAUAUAUCAUACUGAUAUUCAUGAACACACCGAGUAAAUUUGUAGCAUAUUUUCCUACCUAUUCAUAGCCUUCUUUUAUACGCGGACAAACAAUCAAUCAAAAUGUUUCCUGCAGUAGACCAGCCUGUAACCAUUAAUUAAUUAAGCCGGUUUUUCACUGGGCGGAAUUUUGCGCGUGGAGCGUAAUUUUUGUUUUAAGCCACUGCCACGAACUAAGGACUGUGGACUAAGCGGAUAAAAAUUUGAAUUUAUGUAUUCGUUGCCCAACCAGGUCAACAUUCCUGAAGUUGACCAUCACUACUUCAGUCCCGUUCAAUGUUUCUUACUAUUCUUUACAGCAUCUCAUUUCACAUCAAGGUUUCCUCUUUUCAUCCUCUUUCCCGUUAUCAAAUUACACGUUAUCCUGUAUCCAACCAAAUCUAUUGUGAAUACUACCACAGAAUAUCUUCCUAAUCCUCCUUUAAAUAAUUCCAUAUUCUCUCUUUAGAGAUCAACUUCAUUGGAAAAGACAUGUCAUUUCGAAGAGAUCAAGCGCCAAUCUACCAUGUCGUGUCAUUGUUCCCAUGACAACCGAAGUGUUGGCCGCAGACACUGGACCUGAAGGUGGUGUAAGAUGUCUAGAUGUGGAAGAAAUACAAUAUUACAAUUAUUGCCAUGAUUCACAGCCUGUAAAUACUAAACCUAUAGCAGGUGUACAAGACUGGAGAAAGCAUCAUCAUAAAGCAUUUGGUUUAUCACAAAGUUUGUAUGAUACUGAUCCUGAAACAAAUAAACCUGUUGGGGAACCAAAUGCUGAUACAUUUGCUGUGGUAGCGAGAGAGAACAAUGCUUUUCUUGCUGUUGCGGACGGUUGUGGUUGGGGAGUAAACUCAUUUCUAGCUGCAAGAACUGCUGUGAAAGGUUGCAUAGAACAUUUAAGUAAUCACCUUCAUAAAGCAAGCACAACACAAGAGAUUAUUGAGAUUAUGUUAAAUUCAUUUAAACAUGCACAUGAGCGUAUAGUUGAUUCAAAAGGCACUAUAACAACACUUUGUGCAGCUGUAGUAUGUAAGGUCCAGGGUAUUAACUGCUAUGGACUGUGUGUAGUCAAUGUUGGUGAUAGCCUUGCUUUUGUGUACAGAAAAGAUGGUUGUGUGCAAGAAGUAACAACAGGGUCCCAUGACUCUGGGAAGAGAGACAUGAAGCAAGCAGGAGGGUGCAUAGGACCUUUGGUCGGUGAUGAUCCUGAUCUCAGCAACUUGACUUGUUCAUUCACAUUUCUGGAAGAAGGAGACAUCGUUUUUUUAACCAGUGAUGGCAUUACUGACAAUUUUGAUCCGAAUGUAUCAAAGAUGACGUCACCAAAAGACAUAGAUAAUCUGCUAACUCCUAUGAAGCCAUCAAAGUCUCAAGAGUCGUUAUUAGAUCAAGAGGAUGUCAGUAGUAAUGUACCAGCAACACGAGAUAGAAGUUAUUCAGCACCAGUCGACAGAGAAGCACAUAAUGCUGAUAUGUGCACAGAUUUGCCAUGUAUAUAUAUGAAAAAGGUAAGUUAAGAAGAUGCACGUCUAAACAGUAUGUCAGUUGUACAUAUGUUCUUACACGCGCGUAGACCUGGAGUGAGGGGAUUUGUCCGAGGGAAAUUUCAUUCCUGGGGCAUCCUAGACCCCAGGGCCUUUCGCGUCCUCCCUAGGCCCUGGGACACACCGAACCGGAAGUGAAAGAAAACUUGCAGUAGUUUCUAAAGCGCAUGCUCUUGAAUUGGGAUGUUUAUCACACCCUAACAAUUUUCACAGUGAAGUAUUACGAAGAAACGAAGUAUUUGUGUUGACAUAUGUUGAUAGAAUAAUUCUGCCUAGCGAAAACUGCUCAACUUCUGCGAAAUAGCAGUUUUCUGAGAAGCCAAUCAGAUCUCUCCCUUUUGACUCAUCUAACCCAGAGCCUAAUUUGCAACGAGUGCCGUGGAAAUGGCUCUGGGAAAUUCCCCGAGCAGAAGGUCUAUAUAAAUGAUAUAUUAUACCGAAAAUUAAAAGCCUCCAAGUUGAGAAUAUAAAACUUGCCACAUUCGUUCGUGAAUACGAUGUGUUUUUUUUUUAACGCAAGUAUUUCUCACUUUUCUUUCGAAUCCCAUAUCGUUUGGAAUAUUGAUAACAUUUUUGAAUUUGCUUAAAAAGUUAAAAAAGAGCUUUUUUGAAGUUUAAAAACUUAAUAAUUCAUCAGUCCUUAGUACCACGCGUGAUUUAAGCUACGUUUACACGCUGCGAUUAAUCGUGUACGAUUCGUUUUCUGGCGUAUGUCAUUGAGUGAACACGCGUAAACUGGCUAGAUUUGAAAUUUCUUUUUAACGAAACGGCAAUGAAUUAUGGCACCAGCACUCAUUUUAAUACGCCAGAAUACGAAUCGUACACGAUUUAUCGCAGCAUGUAAACGUAGCUUUACGCGAUAUGAUCAAAUCGCCCGCUACGUCAAAUACGAUGACGUAAGGCGUGAUUCGAUGAUAAAUUUUAUUCUCACGUGGCACAAACUUAGCUUUCUGAUUGGACACUUUUAAUUUAAGGCAUAAUAUUUACCUUACUGACUGACUGGGAUUGAGGGAAACAGUAUGUUUUGUGCACCCGAGACUGCCGCUGCCUUGCUUACUGUUUCCCAAAAGUUCCAGUCAAUAAGUAUUUUAUUAUGUACCAAGUGUCAAAGAAAAAUUAAAGACAAAAAAUGAACGGGAAACUUCCAUAAUGUUCGACACUUGGUAUAUAAUAAUGGUGCUCACACAGUUGUUUCAACAGUGAUAUGUAUGUUCUCUGUAUGAUCGUUCUCAGUCUGACCAGGGACUUCGCGAAGGCAUCCAGGGACGUCGCGGAGCCAUCAACAUGGGGGGUCGUCAUGUUUUGAACAACAUUUCCUAGGAUUUUGACCAAGUCGUACAAAUUUUCCCCCAAAAUGUUGUCGACGGGGGAGGGAGAGGGGGGGGGGAGGGGGGUGUUAGGCCAAAAAACUUUUUCCGCAUAACAUAAGCAUAUUCAAAAUUUUUCGACAAAGAUAUGCCAGGUUUCCAAUUUUUUCACCGCAAACAUAACAGAAGCUUUAAAAUUGUUGAAAUUGCAAGUUUCCCAAACUUUGACCAAAUUUUUCCGAGUUUUACCUUCAAUUUUAAGCAAAUAUCAGUUCCAUUCUGAUGAUCAACUUUGGGUAAAUAUCAGGUCCAUUUUGACCAAUUUUGACCGUUUGAAUAUUAGUGCCCCACUAUAGCGACGUCCCUGAAGGCAUCAACAUUGGGAGGGGGGGGGUCGUCAUGUUUUAACCAACUUUUCCUAUAUACAAUUUUGACAAGUUUGGGCAAGUUUGACCUGCAACUUUGACCAACUUUUUGAAUUAUUGGGGGUGUUACCCCCCACACCCCUAUUAUGCCUCAAAUUCAAAGUGUCCAUUCAGAAAGCUAAGUUUGUUCCACGUGAGAAUAAAAUCUAUCAUCGAAUCACGCCUUACGUCAUCGUACUUGACGUAGCGGCAACCUAGUUCCCAGGCUCUUACGUAGCGGGUGAUUUCAAUCAUAUCACCCCGAUGAUUUGAUCAUUAUCACCCGGUAGCGACGUCCCCGACUACAAGUAACAAAUUGAAGGGAAAAUUGAGUCGUACCAAGUUCAUACGAAUUAUUUUCAUAUAUUUUGUAGGUAAUAGAAUCAGAAAGUCCUUGUGGUGAAGAAAGCUCUGCCAAAGAACUUUGUGCGAAACUGAUGAAUUUUGUUCUACAGAACACACGAGAGAAGAGAAUGUUCUUGGAGCAAAACAGAGAUUGCAGGAAAGAAGAUUUUGAAAAAAAGAGGAAAACAAUUCCUGGUAAACUUGAUCAUGCGACGGUUGUGGCUUAUGAAGUUGGUCAUUUUCAACCUCAACCACUCAAACUUACAUUUUAUGAUAAACAACGACCAAAACAAGAACAAAAACAAUCAAAUGGCGAUCAAGAAAGAAUCACAAAGCCGCAUCUGGAUCCGAACCCCGAGCUCCUAUCUUUACUUGGUAUACUCAAGUGAUGUUGUUUAUGGCUAACAACAUUUUAGCAUAUAAUUAUGAUUCUGGACAAAAGUGUUUCGAGGAUAUAGGCCUUUUGUUAGGACCGUAGCCAGUUUCCGCUGAUCUAUAAGUCUAGGACGUUUGUCAUUUACUUCAUAUAAUAGAAUAGAAACUUUAUUUCGCAAGGGAAAACGUAUUAAUCCACUGAUCUCGCUUCCCAGACUGCCUGCCAACAAGAACAAGUUGUUUGAACAUUGUCUAGCUUUUCAUGCUAGGAGUGUUCAUGGAAAUCUGAGAGAAGACAUUUCUUUCAGUGUGGUAGGCGUUCGUUUGUCUACCAUAAUGGGCAUGGCAGCACAGACCUUACAAGUUAUACAGGGUGUAUAAAAAAACUGAACAGAUUUGAAAUUGCUAUCGAUUGCGCAAAACAGCUCGUGGUAUCAAGUUUUUGUUAUAUAUAUAUAGAUUCCAUUUCCAUGAGAAAAAAAAUACUCGAACUCAAAUUGUGUAAACCAGGGGGUGUUUCUUUUCCAACAAACUAAAAAUGGCUUGCGCACGAAGUUUAAAAGCUUUAAUCGUAUUUCGAGUUAAUGGAUGGAACAUUUGUUGGGUUUUUAAUUACUUUACAAAAUUUUAGACAAUUUGCUUUAGUUCAAUUCGUUUUUCCCUAAACAAUCAGACAUAUGCAAAUUAGGCAAAGGCAUAAUUAAGCAUGGAAAAGGCUGAUUUUUUAGGAAAAAAUGUAAGUUUGCGUGGAUAGUUGAAGGCUUAAACUGAAGCAAAUUGGCUUAAAUUUUGUACAGUAAUUAAAAACCCAACAAAUUUCCAUCCAUUAACUCAAAAUACGAUUAAAGCUUUUAAAUUUUGAGCGCAAGCCAUUUUUUAGUUUGUUGGAAAAGACCCCCCUGGUUCAAAAAAAUUUGAGUUCGAGAAAUGUUUUUCUUUAUUCUACAUUAUAAGUACCCAAAGAAGAUAUAGUAUAUCAAAAACUGGAUACUAAUAGCUGUUUUGCGAAAUCGAGAGCAAUUUCAAACCUAUUCAGUAUUUCUUGAUAAGGCUAGAAGGGAACAACAAAGCAAAUAAAAAUGGGAAUAAAAAGUUUUCGUUUUGGGAAAGGUAUCGCACAGAAAAGCCUGUAGCAUGAAGUAAUAUCGGCGAAGGCUUCAUCCCACCGGACAAAAAUAAUAACAAUAGUAGUAAUUCAAUUCAUCGACCAUGGUCUAAUGUGGUCGAAUAUACCUUGUCCAUAAUUAUGAAUGAACCAAUUUGUAAAUAACAUGCAUGCCAGUAAAUAAAUUGUAAUUGCUAAUUAAAUAAACAACUUUGAUUUUUUCUUCCAGUAAUGAGAAUAGGUAAAUACUUAAAUAAUGU